AGAGCCUAAAGUCGAGAAUAUCCCCAAAAGAAAGCUGUCGUCUAUAGGAAUACAAGUUGACUGCCUUCAGCCAGUGGCAAAAGAGGAGCCUCCUCCACCAGCCACCAAAUUCCAGUCCAUCGGGGUACAGGUAGAGGACGAGUGGCGAAACAGCCACUCUCGCAGCAUGUCCUCCAAACAGGACACAGACUCUGACACACAGGAACUUAAUAACUCUAGCUGUAAAUCGUCUGAGAGAAGCCUCGCUGAGUGCCCCCAACACAACAACUCCGUUGGUGUUGAUGCCACUACCAGGCAACCAGCCAAGCCCUCACAGAUUAAGAGAAACCUCUCCUAUGGAGAUAACAAUGACCCAGCCCUGGAGCCUUCCUCCCUCCCUCCUCCUGACCCCUGGCUUGAGACAUCCUCCACCUCCCCAUCAGACCCCACGCAGCCAGGAGCCUGCCGGCGGGAUGGGUACUGGUUUCUGAAGCUGCUGCAGGCAGAAACAGAGCGGUUAGAAGGCUGGUGCCGCCAGAUGGACCAGGAGACCAAAGAGAACAAUCUCUCUGAAGAAGUCUUAGGAAAAGUCCUGAGUGCAGUGGGCAGUGCACAGUUACUAAUGUCACAGAAGUUCCAGCAAUUCCACGGCCUCUGUGAACAAAACUUGAACCCUAAUGCCAAUCCCAGACCCACAGCUCAGGACCUAGCUGGGUUUUGGGAUCUCCUGCAGUUGUCCAUUGAAGACAUCAGCAUGAAGUUUGAUGAGCUGUACCACCUGAAAGCUAAUAGCUGGCAAUUGGCAGAGACACCGGAGAGAAAGGAAGAGAAGAAACCACCCCCUCCAGUGCCAAAGAAGCCAGCCAAGUCCAAAUCCCAACUGAACCGGGACAAAGCCUCCGAUUCAGACAAGCAGCGCCAGGAAGCUCGCAAGCGUCUUAUGGCAGCCAAGCGGGCUGCCUCUGUCCGGCAGAACUCGGCCACGGAGAGCGCAGAUAGCAUCGAGAUCUACGUACCUGAGGCACAGACCCGCCUUUGAGCAAAGGGGCAGAGGAAGGAACCGUGUGGUUUUUAUAAGUCAUUAAAAAGGAAAAAAAAAAAGGUUCUCUCUAAACUAGUGUGAUUUAUUCAGUCUAGAGACAAUGAGCCAUCCUUGAAAAGGGCUCCUGAGUUGGCUUUUUUCUCUCAGCUUUAAGUAAUGAAGAUUUUAA